AUGUCUAGAUUGUUAUCCUCGUCAUCUAGUCUCAAGAAGAAUAGAUAUUCUAGUGAGAAUCAAGACGUUCAGAAGUUAUUGAAGAAUAUUAAUACAGAGGAUUUACAAAGUAAAGAUAUCAACUAUUGUGGGGCAAAAUUAAAUAAAUAUAUGACUUCUGUCUACGAUGGUAUAUCACUCAAGCCUCAACCUUUUGUUACCAGCUCCUCAGAGAAAAGAAUCAGUUUACCUAAUGAAAAUAAUGUUCAUAAUUGGUUGAUGACUGUUACUGAUGAAAAUGAUGAAGACGAAGAAUUAUACAUUACAAGUUCAACUAGUUCAAGAUCUACAUAUAUCCAUAAUUUAUUAACGGCAAUUUCAAUAAAUGAACCAAUAACUACAACUACAGCUAGUUUUUUACAACAAGAUCAAUUGGCUAUUAAACAUAAGAAUUCAUUCCUUAAUAUUGAACAAAUUGAUAAUAAGAUAGAUUCCAUUUGUGGAUCCUUAGUCAGUUGUGACUCAUUCAAAAUUGAAUUUGAAAAAUAUAUCGAUGAGUCGUUGAAUUCUUUGAAUAUUGAAGAUGAUUUACAGUUUACCACUCCAGAACCAUCAUUUUCUUCUUCAAGUGGGAUGGAACAAGAUAUUAAUAGUAACUAUUAUGAAAGACAAAGAGUGUUUUCAAUGACGGGAACAAGUUCAAUAUUUAUGGAGGAAGAUUCUUCAGAUUACGAAACUACUCUAACAUCUGGUGGUUCUCAUGGUAUUAGUUACUUACCGUCCAUAUUUAGCUUUAAAAAAGAUGAUGCUUCAUCGCUUUUCAAUGUCAAGAGUAUUAUUAAAAGAAAGAGAAAGUCUCUUAGAUUGUUGAUUGAUACGUUACGCAAACGGUAG